AAUUCUUCUGUCGAGGAGUUUUUCUACAAUUCUCAAGCAAAUUCUCCAAACGCCUCAACUGCUAAUUUCCAUCCUGGUUCAAAAUUCCCUUCAAGUUCAACCCCAAGUUUAGCUAUUGCUGCAGCUAAUGCUACAACUAAAAAUGUUGAUGAAUUGGAAAAAACUUUAAGUCAAACAAAUUUAGCAGCUUUAAACAACACUUCUACAAAUUCAUUAUCAUCUGACAGACCAAUGUUUUUAAACCAAGUUGGUUCAACUUCUUCAACUUUUAUCCCCAAAUCAAGAGUUAAUUCACCUCCUCCAAAUUCAGUUGUCGAACCUAAAAAAUCAAACCGUUUUGAAUUAGGUGUCCCUGCUGUUAAAAGAAUUCAUCAAAAAUCAAAUUUAAAAUAUCAAACUAAUGAACAAGAUGUUGAUAAUGAAAAAACAACAGAAAACAUUUCAAAUAUCCAUAGAAAUUCAAUCAAUAAUCUGGAAUUGGAUGAUGAUUAUGAUAAUGGUCGUACUUAUGAAUUACCAAAAUUUGGUGGUUAUUCCUCAAAUGAUAAGAAAAUCUUUAAUCACCAUGAUAAAUCAAAUAUUUUUGAAACUGCUCCUUUUAACGUUGUUGAAUUUGCAAAAGGUAAUGGUGGAUUGAAAAAUGCAAUCAAUUCUUCUUUGGAAGAUGGAAUUGUUAAAGAUUAUGUUUGGUUAGGAACUAUUGGUAUUCCAACUGAUGAGUUACCUAAUAACACUAAAACAAAAAUUACAAACAAAUUGAGAAAUGAUUAUCAUUCAGAAUCUGUUUUACCAAGUGAUUUCACUUUUCAAGGUCAUUAUAAAAGUUUUUGUAAACAAAUCCUGUGGCCAACUUUCCAUUAUCAAAUCCCUGAUAAUCCAAAUUCAAAAGCUUUUGAAGAACAUUCUUGGGAACAUUAUAGAAAUUUAAAUCAAGAAUUUGCUGAUAAAAUUGUGGAAAUUUAUAAAGAUGGUGAUAUUAUAUGGGUUCAUGAUUAUCAUUUAUUAUUAGUUCCGGAAAUGGUUAGAUCAAAAUUACCAAAUGCUAAAAUUGGAUUUUUUUUACAUGUUUCAUUCCCAUCAAGUGAAGUUUUCAGAUGUUUUGCUCAAAGAGAAAAUUUAUUAAAAGGUUUAUUAGGUGCAAAUUCUGUUAGUUUCCAGACUGAUGAAUAUGCAAGACAUUUCUUACAAACUUGUAAUAAAUUAUUAUUAGCUGAUAUAACUGAUAAUGAAUUAAGAUAUAAAGGUCAAACUGUAAAAGUUGCCUCUUCACCUGUGGGGAUUGAUGCAAAUAAAUUAAUCAAACAACAACAUAGUGAAUUGGUUAAAAAUUGGAGACAUUUAAUAAGAGAAAGAUGGCCAAAUAAACAAUUGGUUGUUGCUCGUGAUAAAUUUGAUAGAAUUAGAGGUGUUAAACAAAAAUUAUUAGCUUAUGAAGGUUUUUUGAAAAAAAAUCCAAAAUUUAUUGAAAGUGCUGUUUUAAUUCAAGUUUGUCUUAGAUCAAGUGCUACUGAUCCAGUCUUGGAAACUGAAAUUAUGUCAAUUGUGGAUCGUAUCAAUUCAUUAAGUCCAAAUAUUUCAAAUACUCAACCAGUUGUAUUUUUACAUCAAGAUAUUGAUUUUGCCCAAUAUUUAGCUUUAAUUUCUGAAGCUGAUUUGUUUGUUGUUAGUUCAAUGAGAGAAGGUAUGAAUUUAACUUGUCAUGAAUUUAUUGUGGCUACGAAUGAAAAAAAAUCUCCAUUAAUUUUAAGUGAAUUUACAGGUUCUGCAGAUGUUUUCACAAAAGGUGCAAUUUUAAUAAAUCCUUGGGAUAUUAAACAAGUUAGUGAAAGUUAUGAAAUUGCUUUCAAUUUAACACAAACGGAAAAAGAACAAAAUUGGAAAAAUUUAUAUAAUGUUGUUAUGAAACAAGAUUGUGAUUAUUGGGUUGAAUCAAGUUUAAAAUUCAUUGAAGAUUCUUGGAGAUCUCAACAAGAAAAGAAAAAUUAUCAUAACUUGGAUGUUGAAAAAUUUAUUUCAAGUUAUAAAGAUUCACAAAAUAGAUUAAUAAUUUUAAAUCUUGCGGUUAUUCCAACUGAAAGAAUUUUACAAAUUUUAACUGAAUUAAGUUUCAACAAUGAUGUUUAUAUGUUGUCCACUUUUAAAAGAAUAGAUUUAGAAAGACUUUAUCGCCGAGUUCCAAGAUUAGGUUUGAUUGCUGAAAAUGGUGGUUUCAUUAAACUGAAAAAUGGUGGCCCAUGGCUUUCAAUUUCUAACAAAAAUAAUGAUGAUUGGAUUGAAACAACUUCAAAAGUUGCAAAUUCAUUUGCUGAAAGAUUACCAGGUUCUUAUGUGGAAAUUGGUGAAUGUACUUUAAAAUUUCACACUGAACAAGUUGAAGAUCAAGAACGUAAAAGUUCAAGUAUUGGUGAUUUAAUUUUCCAUGUUAAUAAUAGUGAUUCAAAUAUUCAUGCUACUUUGAUCAAUAAUACUGUGAUUGUUCAAGAAUCAGAUUUGACUUUAAAAGCUGUUAAAUUAUUGAUCAAUUACAUUACAAAGACUGGUAAAAUCAAUGAUGCUAAUUUAAUUACACCAGCUUCACCAACAAGUCCAAUUAGUGGUAAUGAACAAAUGGAGUUUUUACCAAAAAAAUUGGAUUUCUUAACAAUUGCUGGAAAUUCAAGUUUAUUAAUUAUUGAACCUGUUUUGGAAUAUGCAAAUGAAUUGAAAAAUGUUGAUCAUGUUUUCACCAUUGCAUUUGGUGGUGAUGUUUCUAAUGCAAAAGAACAUGUUGAAGGUCUGAAUGAAUUAUUUACUGUUUUAAACAGUGCUGCGUCAUGAAUGGUAACGGAAUAUAAAUAGAAAAUGUAUACAUUGGAUAAAAUCAAAAUAAAAAAACGUUUAAUGAUAUCUAUACUUGAUAACUUUCUUUAGCUAUUUGAUUUAGAUCCUGUAAAUCCUGGUAAUCAUCUUCAUCCAACUCAUCAUGUUGAUCCCAUAUUUUUUCAAAUUCAUUGAAAUCAAUUUUCCCAUUUGGUCUAUUGACAAUCCAAUUAACUUCUUUGAAUCUCUUGUGACGUUCUCUAUCAGCUUCAAUUCUACUCAAGAUUUGAUCUUUUGAAAAAGGUUUCAAAGAAGCAUCUUCACCUGCAACUGCUUUUGUAUCCAACCCAUUUGAAUCCUUGGCAUCUUUUG